AUGACUACAGCAGUAUAUCCACAUCUACCACCGGACACGCUGAAGAAGGAGGAAGAUGAUUCUACUGCCCGCGAAUUAUCCUGGCUCCUCGAGUCCCUGCAGGAAACCCUCGUGUCGCUGAAAUCCGGACUCGAGGAAUGCUACGCCCUACUCGCGCCCAUCGAACCGGGGAGUACGCUCGUGAUGAGCAGUCCAAGGAGUGAGAGCGUCAAGGGACAUGUGACGAGAGUCGGGACGAGGAUUGUUAAGGGGACUCUACACCUCCGUCUCAAAACCCUCCCCCACACACACAUCUCCCUCACACCCGCCCUCCCCGCGCUAGAAUCGCUCCGGGACCUCCUGAACCAAGCGCUAGACUGUGUCGAUAUCACGCGCUGGACGGGGGACCGGCACUCAGCUGCUUUUAUAUCCGGCCAACUACGCUUACUACACUCUAUCCUCGUCUCUUCCCUCUCCCUGCUCUCCGGAUCGCCCCUUUCCUCUUCCUCCUCUCCCUCUCCCUCAUCCCCGCCCUGGACAUCCACAUCUACGCCCCAUUCCCCCUCCGACCCCUCCUACCCACCGAACCUCUCCCUGCACCUCACGCCCUCGGCUGGCUCUCUGAUCCUCACAGUCCGCGUCCUAGAGCCCGUCACCGCCGAGCCCUCUCUAGGACUCGUCACCAAACUCGCCUUUGCGAUUGGCGCACAGCGCCGCCUAGAGCAUGAUGAGAUGGAGGGGGUGUUUGUGGUAGCGGGGGAGAAGGUUAGGGUGCGCGAGAAGGUCGUUGUGGAGAGUAGUGCGGAUCCGAUGAUGCUUGUGCUAGGGGCGAAGCUGGGGGCGCUGGAGAGGACGGUGGAGGCGGGGAGGGUGGGACUGCGUGUUGUGUGUGGGGAGGAGGUGGAUGGAGAUUAA